UCGCAACAUUUUUUAGAAAUUGAAGCUGAUGUUUUAGGGCAAAACUAAUUUGGAUGGAGUAACAUUUUUUGGGAAAUCAAACAUGAUGUUGUAAAAUGGAUCCAUCUCAGAUAUCACAACCUGAUGCCAUCCGCGUUCACUGUCUCACCUUAUCCAUGAACCAGUAAUGAUGAAUCAUGUGUGCUGGUCAAGUGCUGCUUAGCUGUAUUACUCAUGCCUGCUGAACCAUUUCAAUUAAGAUGGCUCAUUCUAUUCUGAGAUCAUUUUUAAAGUUCCCAAGCGGUGGCGUCUGCAAUUUCACAAAGCCUGCUCGUGCUUACUCUCGGUGGCAUGGCAGUUUUUACUUUAAUAGGAGAGCUGAUAAUAGUAGGAUUUCAGAUGGAGUUACAAGUUUCCAGUUUGUUAAAGAAGCUAGUAUUAGAUGGUAUCCCAGUGGAGCUAUAGUAGCAUGCUCUAGAAACUACAAUUCAAAUGUUACUAGUACUUCUGAGACUGUUGAUGGUAGCGAUUACCUUGCAAUGACAGAUGAGAAGCUAAUGAGUCAGUGCGAGAUGGAUACUUUUAAGGUAUCAGGUCCAGGGGGACAGCACCGCAACAAGCGUGAGUCUGCUGUGCGUCUCAAGCAUAUUCCAACAGGAAUCACGGCUCAGGCAUCAGAGGAUAGAUCCCAACACAAAAAUCGGGCAGCAGCACUUUCUCGUUUGCGUAAACUUUUAGCUCUCAGAGUUAGGAACACUAUCGACCUUGAAACCUACGUGCCUCCUCCAGAACUUGUUCAGAUUCUUCCAACGAAGUCCACUAUCAGACUGGACAAGGGGUCUCAGAUUGGACCGAACAACCCCAAAUUUGCUCUGGGAAUGCAAGCUUUGAUUGACCUUAUAUUUGCAGUUGGAGGUUCUGUUUCAGAUGCUGCAAAGAAAUUAGGGUUGAGCACUGGAGGUUUAUCACGGUUGAUAUUAUCUGAUGAUUCUCUUCGACAAGCAGUCAAUGAAUUCAGGGUUGAAAAGGGUAUGAAACCUCUCAAGUAGGACUCUCACUAGACAGCCAAAUGUUUCAGGGACAGGACAGGAGGGAGAGUAGUUUUAUUAUUGAAUCAAACCAGGAAACGGUAAUUACCAAUGUUGAACCAAUGGGCUACAACACAGAAUCUUGCAAGAAAAGGUAGAAUGCAAAUAUGACCCGUGUUGCUUGUAAAUGUAAAUCUGUAGCCUAGGAAACUCAUGUCUUGGGAAAAAAUGUGCACAAUGUUUGGAUUAGUUGGCUGUAUUUGUUUAUUAUAUUAUUGCUAUUGAAUAUUUCUCCAAUAAAUUGUUAAAUCUAUUAAAA